GAAAAAUAACGAAGAAAUAAUAAGAAUGGUUAAAUCAAAUACACGUAAACUAUGGACCACAAAGGAAACGAAGUGUUUUCUAGAGUGCUACUUGGCACGAAAGGAAGAGUUUAUGGAAACCAGAAAAAAAAAAGACUUGGAUAUCAACAUGUACUUGAGGACAUGAUAGCACAUGGAAUUGCAGAUGACUUUACUCCAGUCUGCUUAGAAAGAAAAAUGCGCACACUUCUAAGUGCAUUUAAAGCAGCCAAAGAUAACAACAGACGGACUGGUGCAUCGCAAUGCUUACCACCCUACAUGGAGUUGAUGAACGAAAUAUUUGGUGAUAAACCAAUUAUUUCAAAUAAUCACACUGCGACGUUAGGGUUUGACAGCUAUGUUGAAGACAUAGAGGUGCUGGAAGAGUUGGAAAUAAACAUUGUGCAAACGCACGCUGAGCUAUCGCCAACGCAAGAAGCACCAACGGAAGAAUCGCCAACGCAAGAAUAACCAACGGAAGAAUCGCCAACGCAGGAAUCUCCAACGCAGGAAUCGCCGACGCAAGAAUCAUCAACGCAGGAAUUGCAAAUGCAGGAAUUGCCACAACCUUCAAAAUUUAACCGCAAAAGAAAAUCUGUGCGUCAAGAAUAUUAUGAUAACAAAUUAUUUGUUAAGAAAAGAAUAGAGGAAGAGAAAUUAAAAUUUUUUAAAGAAACUAUGAAUGAA